AUGGGCAUCCUGAACGCCGUCGCCGACAGGUGCGUCCAGCAAGCGAGCGAGCAGGACCAGCCGCGCGGAUCGCCAUGCUCCAGGCUGUUCGUCCUCGGCCUGCCGGGAUCGGGGAAGUCGGAGGUCAUCCGGUGGCUGUGCGACGAGGAGGUGGGGUUGUUCCCCACGUGCAUGGGAUGGGAGCACGAGGUGCACUUCAUGAAGACGGCUCCGAUGAAUUCCAUGGCGAGCAACAUCGUUGGGCGGACCAUACACAACUUCAGCAAGCUUGGAAUCGAUCUCAUCACGGGAGUCCAAUCUGGCGGGAAGAAGGACCCGGAGCUGUCGGAGAACUUGCUGCACACGAAAAUCCAACACAUGCGCUGGCUUAUCAUCGACGAGGUGGAGAACGUGUCGGUGGAGGGAAACCCCUGGGCCGUGGACGCGCGCGCCCCCAAACAGUUCGCCAUGUUUGGAGGGCUCAACCUGGUGCUGCUCGGGGACCUGUGGCAGAUCCCGCCCGUGAGGAGUCUCAGUAUUGCCGCCAAUCCAUUCGUCAAGCGGCCCGCAAACGUUGGCCGCAUGCUGGAGAUGUUCUGGACCGAGGGUAUUCCGCACUCGGCAACUCACCGCUCCGCACUGAGCCAGUCGCACCGCUGCUCAGACCCCCCCGGCAGCGCCGAGCCGUCGACGGGGCACCUCGGCUGCGGAAAGGCGAAGUGCCGCGCGCUCUGGCCAGUUGAGUGGCCACGGAUGUUCCGAGAGGGUCGGCCUUGGGACGACAUGCGAUCUCUGGAGUGCGCUGAUUGCAGCGCGGAACGCCGUCGGCGCUGCCGCGUCGCUUCUCAGAGCGAUGCCAGACAGCGGGAGGUGAGCACGGCGUUCGCGGACGCGCUGCUCGUGCACCCGUACAACGCACCGAAGAGCAGGAUUCUGACGCUGCGUGCGGCGAAUGCGGCAGCCAAUGCUGGGAAGCAGCUCCUCUGGGUGGUGGCGCGCGAUGUCCCCCUCACUCGGGGCGACGCAUGCAGGUCGAAGGAGUCGCUCGCCCACGCCGGGCAGAACUGGCUCAUGUACCCCGAGAACAAGACUGGCGGAGUUCUGGGUGUGCUGCCGAUCUUCGAGGGGAUGCGGGCGCGGUUCACCACCGCGGAGAAUGCGGAGGCGGGAGCCUGCAAGCACUCCUGGGGUACCGUGAGGGGCUGGGUCCUCCACCCCGACGACUCGAAGUUGGUGAACGAGCACAGGUCCGAGCCGGAGCUGGUUCUGCAGCACGUGCCCGAGGCGAUCAUGGUGCAAAUGCCCGGGAACACGGCGCCCCGCUUUGGGAAUCAGCCCGCGGGCGUUUUCCCCGUGAAGCAGAAGGAGGUGUCCUGGGAUCGUAGUCCCGGCGUCAUGGCCAUGGCGAAGCGCGCGGGGUUCCCGCUGGUCCCGCACUUCGCCGCCGCGGCCCACUGCGUCACCGGCGCCGCGCUGCCGCAGGCCAUUAUCGACCUCCUGGACGCGCGCAUGACGCCCCGUGCAUCCAUGGUUCCCGCGGGCUACGUGGCCAUCAGCCGCGCUAGGAGGGCUGACGACCUGAUCAUCGCGCAGCCUUUUUCGCCCAUGCUUUUCCGCCAGGGGCAUCAGACGGGCCCAUGGCUCUUGCACUCCCUGACAGUCGGGGAGAUGACGACGGAGCAGGCGGAAGCCGGCUGGGCCAAGGCAGAGAAGGAUACCGCUUCCAGGUCGUCCAAGAAGUUGGUGGGCGCCACUUUCCAGCGCGCCGACUGCCACCAGCGGAAGAGAGCGGGCAACUUCCCAGGACGUGGCAUGAGAGCGAGCGACCCCGUGGAGCACGCCGUGGCAGUCCUGAGCCAGGGCGCGUGGAGGAGGUGCGCCCUGCGCGCGCAGAAGCGGGCUGGAGAUCGAGCCGCGGGCGCUCUGCCUGCCCGUGCCGCGCCCUUCACUUCGAAGGGGGCGAGCGUCCUCGAGUGCUACCAGCGCGGGCAGCGGAAGCCGCUGGUCCAUUUCAAUUUCGGAGAAGUCAACGACCUGAAGGCGCGGGGGGAGCUGGGCCGCGCCGUCUGCAUCGGUUGCGCUCCAGAUCGUCUCAGGUUCAACGUGCAGGCGGCAGGCCGCCUUUUCACGUGCUCAGAGUGCUCGGAGCAGAGGCCUGCCGCUCGCUUGAAGAACGGGCACGCGUACUACUGCGACUCGUGCAAGUACCCGAAUUGCUCCACAUGCGGCGAGACGCCGCGACCGAAACUGGAGAAAUAUUCAGUGAAGCGGAUGCCGCAGUGGAUUUGCGCAGACUGCCGCCGUAAAUCGAUGCUGAAGUGCGGGAAGUGCGACGCCGGCAUUCCGCGAAAAACUGUCGACGCGUCACAGCGUAGCAAACCAGGCGUCCUGUGCUCGAAGUGUCGAGGCAAGCAGUAA